ACGGGCACUGAUAGGCAGCACUGAUGGGCACUGAUAGGUGGCACUAAUGGGCACUGAUGGGUGGCACUGCUGGGCACUGACUGGCCAAGGGCGGACUGACAACUCAUGGGGCCCCCGGGCAAUAGGGGAUCAUGGGGCCCCUGUGUCCUUGCCCAAACUCAAAAAAGCCUAUAAAAAAGGUACCAGGGGCAUCUCAUGGGGCCCCCUACUGACCCCGGGCCCUCGGGCAGUGCCCGAGUUUCCAAAUAGUCAGUCCACCCCU